AGCCAUUAUAUCCCUACCUACUAAAUGCAUGUUGGAAUUUGGAUACAAUCCGGUAGAACUCAUAAAUCCUUGUCUGUUCUGUUCUGCUGUAUAUCGUUUUUUCUCACCAUGUUAUGUUACAUUGCUGCUUCUUCGCUAGCUCUUUCCUUUUAAAUACCACCCUGACUGAACCUUAGCGCAAAUUAAAACUUCACUUUCAAUUAUUUUUGAUAAAGUUCUCAACUUCAUAGAACAACAAUAGCUAGCUAAGAAACUAAGAAAGGGGCAAUCCAUAGUCCAAAAAUUGUUGGGGGAACCUUGUCUUUCGAGGGAUUGCUUAUUCUACACUAGGUAAGAAGUAAGAAUCCUUAUAUACUCAAUAAUUGUGAUGAAUUAUUUUGUAUAAAUGGCAUUGUUCAUCUCAUUCUUUUUGUUUAUUAAUGUUUACAAGGAAUAAAUUUUUUAUAUCCUCGUAAUACUUAGUCCAUUGUAGUUAACUGUCCUUAUUCAGUAACUUGAUCUAGUAUUCGAUUGUUUGUUAUAACUUAAUUAGUGAUUUUGAGUUUGAAUUUGGGAUAUAUAGCUGAAUUAAAUACUUAGAAUAAGAGUUGGAACAACCCAUUUUAUUUUAGUUAAUCCACCGCACUUUUCAUCUUAUUCCAUCUAAUUUUUAAUUGUUUGAUCUUAAUUUAACAUGAAUUAGCUAGACGACAUAGAAUUUAAUGUGCAGAGAAAUUUGUAAUUCUGAUCAGCCAUCUUUUACCUCACUCAAACUCAGCAUCUCAACGACCCUUCAACGUUUAGUAAUUACCUCAUGAAAUUUGGGUGUAAACUGUUUGAGUGCUGCUUCACUAGCUCAUCUUCUGACAAAUUUCCAGAGCACAGUAAGUUGAAGUGGCGAAUCUUCCCCUACAAGGACCUUGCAAAAGUCACAAAUAAUUUUGAUCAAUCUCAUUGUCUUGGAAAGAGAGGCUUUACCACUGAAUAUUAUGGAAAAUUUGAGGAUGGAUGUGAGAUUACAGUCCAGCGCUUUAAGGAAGACAAGCGCUACAUUUUGCAACAGUUUAUCAAUGAAACUGUUAUCCUAAAUUACUUGCCUCACAAAAAUAUUGUAUCAAUUUACGGUUAUGCUUCUCAUCAUGAGGAAUCCCUGCUAGUGCAUGAAUACCUAUCCAAUGGUAAUCUUGCUGCUCAUCUUCAAAGUGAAAUAGCCAAAAGCAGCAAAAUUCCUUGGCUUACACGAUUGGAUAUAGCCAUUGAUACUGCAAAUGCGUUGGACUAUCUUCAUUAUCAUGGCAUCAUCCACCGCAAUGUAAAGUCUAGCAACAUUCUCCUAGAUGCAAACUUUUCUGCUAAAGUUGCUAACCUUCAUUUAUCACGGAAACUUCCUGAUGGAGUUCCUGUCCAUGCCACCCAUGUUACUACUGAUAUAAUAGGGUCAGGUGGUUAUGUAGACCCAGAGUAUAUGACAAAAGGCUGGCUUAGCGUAAAAAAUGAUGUUUAUAGCUUUGGGGUGGUGUUGUGUGAGCUUCUAUCAUCGAAGCUGGCAAAAUAUUGGGUUCUGAAUGAAGAGGAAAAUCUUGCUACCCUUUUAAACAGAAAAAUUGAAAACCAAGCUUUGGUGGAAUUGUUGGAUCCAAGACUUGGCUUCCAAUCAAACCUUAAGAUCAAGAGUAUGAUGACUGCUACAGCUGAGCUUGCAGCUUUGUGCAUGCAAUGUCCACAAGAUCUAAGGCCAAACAUGGAACAUGUGCUAGAGAUUCUCAAUGGCAUAAAGCAAGGGAGAUACGAAACAAACUCGAUAAAAGGUAUAAUAAGGCCAUCUUUUUACCUUUUCCUUUCUCAUGGAUUUCUUGCUUUUAUGGGCUUUUGGUGUCAACAGACUGGGGAUAAAAGUUUUUUGCUCAUGUCUUAUAAUACUCACAUCUCAGCUUUGAAAAUCUUCCACCAUGCUGAACUUGAAGAAGCUACUAACAAUUUUGGCACUUUCCUUGGAAAGGGAGGGUAUGGCUCUGUGUACUAUGGAAAACUUCAAGAUGGGAGAGAGGUUGCAGUAAAACGUUUUCAUGAUGAGAACGAGACAGAAAAGACCAUUAAUCAAUUCAUGAAAGAAACUGAGAUCUUAAGUCUCCUGCACCAUCAAAAUCUGGUUUCACUUUAUGGCCGCACUUCUUGCCAUUGCAACAAACACAUGCUAGUGUACGAGUACAUUUCCAACGGCACUCUUUCUAAACAUCUUCAUGAAUCUUCUUGUGGUAAACUACCAUGGCAGACUAGAUUCAACAUUGCCAUAGAAACUGCUGCUGCCUUGGUAUUUCUUCAUGACUCAGGUAUCAUCCACCGUGAUGUAAAAGGGAGUAAUAUUCUGUUGGAUGAAAAUUUUACUGUUAAAGUUGCAGAUUUUGGACUCUCACGGUCUCUUCCAGAUUAUGUUACGCACGUUUCAACUAUUCCAGUAGGAACUCGUGCUUACAUAGAUCCUGACUACUAUGACUCAGGAAGGGUCAGUGACAAAAGUGAUGUCUAUAGCUUUGGGGUGGUCUUGUUUGAACUCAUAUCAUCCAACCCCCCAAGAUUAAUGGAAGGCACAGAUUAUGUUAGUCUUGCACAGUUUGCAAAGAGAAAAAUCUUAAACAAGGAAUUAAACGCAGUGGUGGAUCCAAGUUUUCUGUUUGGUUCUGACAAAAACAUUAUGGAAAUGAUAACAGCAGUGGCAGAGUUAGCAUUUCAGUGUGUGCAGUGUCCCAAGGAACUCAGACCAUCCAUGAAACAGGUGCUAGAUACCCUUGAGGGCAUAAGGAAAGGAACAUGGGGAUUCAACCAGGUAACAUAAUCUUUAUUUUUUUUAGUGGGGUACAAAAUGGCGCAUACACUAUGUUAUGAAUAGAACACAUGAGGCACCACAAUUGCAAGCAGCACCAGCAGAAGCACAAUCAUUAUCUGAAGGAUCACGGGUAAUAUCCUGACUAAAAGAAUGCUGAUGUGGCAGGAUGUUAUUGGCUCCCAAAGAUCACCUUGUCUGCUAUUUUUAUAAUUCUGUUAUGAGCAAAUCUUUUCUGUUAUGCCCUGUAAUCAUAAUCAAUAGGAAUGUUGUUAGCACUAAACCUCUAUAUAAAGAAAUCAAUCAUAUGUAAGGAGAAGCAGAGAAAUAUAAUCAGAAUUUCUUCUCUUUAA